ACAUUCGCGCCUUGCGCUUGCGUACUACCGUCCCAGCCCGUUCCCGGCCCGGAUCGGGAAGUGCCAAGCGGGAGCCGGGUUCCCCCGUUUUUGCAGCUAUCAGCGCUGAACCCGGACUCCUUACACAGUCGCGGGCUCAGCCACCAUGACCAACGUGUACUCCUUGGAUGGGAUUCUGGUGUUUGGUUUGCUCUUUGUUUGCACCUGUGCCUACUUCAAGAAAGUACCCCGUCUCAAAACCUGGCUGCUGUCAGAGAAGAAGGGAGUUUGGGGUGUGUUUUAUAAAGCUGCUGUGAUUGGAACCAGGCUCCAUGCGGCUGUGGCAAUCGCCUGCAUUGUAAUGGCCUUUUACGUCUUGUUUAUAAAAUGAAUUCCAAAGUAUCCAAGUCAUCAGCUGCCAAACGUGGACGAGGUGAAGAACCUAUUGGACGCCUGGACCCAGUGUAGGAGAGUUCAGCUAGAAUCAUCAAAGUCCCCAGGAUGACACCAGGGCGUCUGUCCCUGCCACAGGGAAAAUUGGGGAAAUUCCUCGUGGUCAUGAACAUUACUUGUGCUCCAGGGGACUUCAGAAAGCCAUCUUCCUUGAUCUGUGUGUAAAUCAGCCCUCGCGGGGAGCAUAUAAUGCCCAGAUAAAUUACAUCCCUCAGAGAUAAAAUUAUAUACCUCUUGCUUAAAAGCCUGUCACCAGGGCUGGGGAGAUAGCUCAGUAGAAUAAGUGCUUGCCUGGCAAGCACAAGGGCCUGAGUUCUAUCCCUUGUUCCGCCAAAACAAAAACAAAAACAAAAACAAAAAACCAAAAAAAAGCCUGUCACCUGGGCUGGGUCGUAGCACAGUGGUAAAGCAUUUGCUUAACAUGGGUCUUUGGUUUGAUUCCCAGGACUGUAAAAUCACAACAAGACCCUGUCACCUAUUUUGCUCAAUCCCUCAUCAGGAUCUUUUCAAGCUGAGACUUUUAGGGAAGGACAUAAGCUAUGUGCAGACCUCGUGGAAGGUGAAAGACUUCACUUUUGUCUCUCCACAUUGGGAUUUGGCUAAUUGGUGAGGGCGGGUAGUGGGUGGGAAAUAGAAGUUGUGAAAAGCCAAGAAAGUGACUUUAGAAAUUUAUCUUUCACACCCAUCUGGGAGCACAAGAAAGAGGCCUGGCUCUCAUUGCAAAAAGAACAGAUGAAGCAGCUUGCUGUGUGCUGGUAGCUGGAGGGUUUUGCCAAGAGAAUCUGAGCUUAUAUCAAGGAGUUGUCUUUGUCUGAUGAGACUAGAAACCAGUGAUUUGAGACAACAAAACAUUUCUCUCCACCUUAUCCCCAAAGGAGGCUACAUUCAAUCAGUUGGUAAAUGAAAAGUGAAUGAACCGUUACUAUUUCUACAGCUUUUUUAUAUUUUCUAAAUUACUUAGUGCUGAAUACUGUUCUUCAGUUUUAAAUGACACCC